CUCCGUUGACAUUUGUUUAAGAUUAAUUAGUGGUUGCCAAACAAUUCGUACAUAUGGUUUUACAGACCGCUACGUGUUCUUUCCCUUCCCUUCUCUUCUUUUCUUUAUUUUCUUUUCCAUCCAACCAAUCAAGUCAAAAGCACCCUAAAACCCUUCUCUUCUCUUUAACUCUCUCUCUGCCGCCAAACUCACUACUACUCUCCCAUUUCGUUCGCUAGUGUACCGUACAAUUGCCCUUUUUUCUUCUCUUCCUCUUUGUCUAGAAAAUCUAGCUCUUCCUUCAUUUACUCCCAUGGCAAAUCCCCUCACUAUCUGAUCUUAAGACCGAUAUUUUCGAAUACCCUUUUUUCUCCUUUUUCUUAGUAAUUUUUAUUAAUAAAAGCCAAAUGAAUUCUCUUCAUGAUUCAAUAUCAGCAGCGAACGCUGCCGCCGCAGCCAACGGCAACACGGUGCCGCCGUUUCUGAGCAAAACUUACGACAUGGUGGAUGAUCCAUCGACCAACUCGGUGGUGUCGUGGAGUAGCGGUAACAACAGUUUCGUUGUCUGGAAAGUGCCGGAGUUUGCAAGGGACCUUUUGCCUAAAUAUUUUAAGCACAAUAAUUUCUCCAGCUUUGUCCGACAGCUUAAUACUUAUGGUUUUAGGAAAGUUGACCCUGACCGCUGGGAAUUUGCUAAUGAGGGAUUCCUAAGAGGUCAGAAACAUCUCUUGAAAACUAUCAGCAGGCGGAAACCUGCUAAUGUCCACAGUAAUCAACAACCCCAAGUUCAGAGCUCAUCUAUUGGAGCUUGCAUUGAGGUAGGGAAGUUUGGACUCGAAGAGGAGGUUGAAUGGCUUAAGAGGGACAAGAAUGUUCUCAUGCAGGAACUUGUUAGGUUGAGGCAGCAGCAGCAAGCCACAGAUAACCAGUUGCAAGCUGUUGGCCAGCGUGUACAGGUGAUGGAGCAGAGACAGCAGCAAAUGAUGUCCUUCCUUGCUAAGGCCAUGCAAAAUCCAGGUUUCUUAAGCCAGCUUGUACAGCAGCAAAAUGAAAGCAACAGGCGCCUUACUGGAACAAACAAGAAGAGGAGACUCCCCAGGCAGGAUGAAGAAAAUUUAACUGGUGAAAACAGUGCCAUAUCUCCUAAUGGACAGAUCGUAAAGUUCCAGCCUUCACUGAAUGAGGCAGCAAAGGCAAUGCUGCACCAGAUUUUGAAGAUGAACACAUCACCUAGGCUGGAACCUUUGAUAAAUAACCCUGGUGCUUUCAUGAUUGAUGAUGUUCCUCCUUCCAAUGCAUUAGACAGCAGGAGCUCCUACAGUCAGAUUUCUGGAGUGACACCUUCUGAAGUCUCACCAGCUUCUGGGCAGUCUUAUGUGCAAGCAGAACCAGGUUUUCCUGACACUUGUCCAUCAACUGCUGCUCAUUUAACAGCUGAGCAUUCUAAAGUGGAUCAAAUUUCUGGGAAUGUUCAUAAAUCAGAGAAACAUGCAGUUUUUACGAAUGUUCCUCAAAUGCAAGGAAUUGUGCCUGAUAAUACUAUUAGAUUUGCUGAUAGAAGUUUGGCAGGGUCUGAGAGAGGGAAUGUAGAGUACACUGAUCCAAUGUCAGCUUUUUUGGAUGGUGCAAUGCCUGUAGAAACUGAUAUCUUUUCUGCUGAUCAUGAUAUGAACAUCUUGCUGGAUGGAAACCCCAAGCUUCCAGCAAUUAAUGAUGUUUUCUGGGAACAGUUUCUUAGAACAAGCCCACUUACUGAAGACACAGAUGAAAUUAACUUGAGUUCACUGGAAAAUGGUGCAAAUGGGGAACAGGGAGCACUGUUAGAGCAAGAGAGUGGAUGGGAUAGGAUUCCGCAUAUGAAUCAUCUUACUGAGCAAAUGGGCCUUCUUACAUCAGAUAUCAGGACGGGUUGAUGUCCCACAAAUUGUAUAUAUGUGUUUCUCGCUGCAAUGAGAGGUUGAUGAUAUGUGAUGCUGGCAAGAAAAAGCUUUGGUUCAAAGAGAAACUUGUGUUGUUAAGAGUUAUUCGCGUGUUAUAUGUAGUAAUAACAUAAUUUGCGUUCGAAAUGGUUAUCCAAAGAAAUAUUAAUAAGAAUUAUGUUAUGUUUUCUCCCUGUUUUAGUCAUAGAUGAAUAUCAGGAACAAGAUACAGGCUUCAAAUAUGAUGCAGAAAAAUACCCUUUUCGUUAUUGCCCUUUCUUCCCUCUUAUACUUACAAAUGUUCGAUUAGAAUGCUGAAAGCUCUAAAUUCAGAUGAGAUAUCUCCUUGUGCUUGAAGCAUGGAAUAACUUAUAAGCCACUCUGUAUCAUGAAAGUAAGGUAUAAAUGACCAUUGCUCGAGACCUUAUGAAGUUGAAACCCCCUCCCUCCCUUGAUCAUAAAAUGAAGGGUUUGA